CAACACCUCAAAUUGGAAUUUUCGUGUAAACGCCAUUAGUUUUCUGGUGCUGAGUCCGACUUGUCGGCGUCAAAAGAUUUAAAAUCAUGGGUCGUAUGCAUGCACCUGGCAAAGGUAUUUCCCAGUCAUCUCUUCCAUAUAGACGUAGUGUACCAACUUGGUUAAAGUUAUCUUCAGAAGAUGUAACAGAACAGUUAUGCAAACUUGCUAAGAAAGGUCUUACCCCAUCUCAAAUUGGUGUCAUUUUAAGGGAUUCACACGGAGUUGCUCAAGUACGUUGGGUCACUGGUAACAAGAUCCUGAGAAUUUUAAAAGCGAAAGGUUAUGCUCCAGAUCUCCCUGAAGAUCUUUAUCAUCUUAUUAAGAAGGCUGUUGCUGUGCGCAAGCAUUUAGAGAGAAAUAGGAAAGAUAAAGAUUCAAAGUUUCGUCUCAUUUUGAUUGAAAGCCGCAUACACAGAUUAGCUAGAUAUUUUAAGGCCAAGAGAGUACUUCCCCCAAACUGGAAGUAUGAAUCAUCUACUGCUUCAGCUAUGGUUGCAUAAAGAUACAGUAAUGUAAUUGUAAUAAAAAAGUUAUAAAAAUA